UUUCUUAUAGGUGCCAACCUUACCAAGCUGGAGUUUUUGCAGGCAAGAAGAAAUCAAUACUCAGUUAUCAGUGAAGAAAUAAUAAAGUCUGUACCAGCUCUUGUUUAUAUGGAUCUUCAAGGCAACAGUUUUACCUGUGACUGUAAUAAUGCCUGGUUCCUCAAAUGGGCAGAAGACAACAACCAAACCCAAGUUUUUGAUGCCUUCAACUUUGUUUGCAACUUUCCUCUGGACCUCAAAGGUAUGAAACUGUUGGACCUUGACAUCCGGUUUUGCUUAGUAGACACUGAUUUCAUCUACUUUAUCUCUACCACAUCUAUGACUCUCUUUAUUAUGGUGGUGUCCUUCACCUACCAUUUCCUGAGGUGGCAGUUGGCCUACGCCUACUAUCUCUUCUUAGCUUUGCUCGUUGACACAAAGCAUAAAAACAAGCAGGCUCCUCAUCAGUAUGAUGCCUUCAUCUCCUACAAUAUCCAUGAUGAACCAUGGGUCAUCGGAGAGCUGGUACCGAAACUGGAGGAAGAGCAGGGCUGGAGACUGUGUCUGCACCAUCGAGACUUCGAACCAGGUAGG